CAGCUUUCCAGUGAUUAGGUGCUUAUGGGUAAUCCGUAAAUGCUAAAAUAAGCAUUUUUAUUCCAAAAGAUAAGACCGGAGAACGCUAGAGGCGAUAGAGAUUCUCGCAUCCCAAUUCCGCGCGAUUCUUGUUCGCUUCCUCGUCUUUAUCCGCGCUGAAUCAAAGCCGGCUUCGAGGUGGAUUCAAGAGUUUCUCAUAGUCAUUCCAUCCAUUCUGUGGAUUCAGACUUAGGGUGCAGUGAGACGCAAUUUAGGUUUUUUAUACAAAAUGAGCGCGAUAAAGGCCGCCAUUGGCGAUGCAUUCAUCACCUUCGUAUGGAUGAUGUGCAUUUCCACCAUCGGUGCCUUCACCUCCAUCAUCUCCUCGGCUUUACAACUCCAGGGCGUUGUCGCCAGCCUCGUUAUCACCACGGUCUUCAUAGCCAUCUCCGUUUUCGUCUUUAACAUUGUCUCUGAGAUCUUGGGUGGGGCCAGCUUUAACCCUACCGGAAACGCUGCCUUCUAUGCCGCAGGCAUCAGCGGUGACUCCCUCUUCUCCAUGGCCCUCCGCUUCCCUGCACAGGCCGCUGGAGCUGUCGGAGGCGCACUGGCUAUCGUUGAGCUGAUGCCAUCGCAGUACAAGCACACGCUCAUCGGUCCGUCGGUGAAGGUGGAUCUGACAACGGGUGCAAUUGCAGAAGGGGUGUUGACCUUCCUCAUAACAUUUGCCGUUUUGUGGAUAAUGAUCAAGGGGCCGGUAAAUUCAUUAGUUAAAACAUUAAUGCUUUCUGUUGCUACUGUGGCCUUGAUUGUUGCUGGUUCUGGGUAUACUGGGCCAUCAAUGAAUCCUGUCAAUGCAUAUGGCUGGGCUUAUAUCAAUAACCAGCACAACACAUGGGAACAUUUUUAUGUAUAUUGGAUCUGUCCCUUCAUUGGUGCCAUUCUUGCUGCUUUGGUUUUCCGGUUCCUAUUCCCCCUCCCUUUGCCGAAAGCCAAUAAGGACAAAAAGGCUUGAGAAAAGAACCUCGAAUCACACAUAAAGAGAAACUAGCUUUCCAAAGUUCUGCAACAGGCAAUAAGCCUCUGUGUAAAUUGUCUAUUUAUUAUGAACUUAGUGCUAUUUUGGAGGUAUCAGCUUUGUCCAACAUCUCAUAUUAUUGUGUGCUUACAUUUUUCAUAAGUUUGUUGUUAUGAUACAUUCUAACCGGCUAAAUUAGCCAUUUCCUUUUAAUAAUGAAGGGGAAUAUUGUAGGGUAACGAGGAAAGGAAAAGAUGCUUGUCUGUUCUUUUU